GGUGGCACCAUGGCACGGCCACACCGCGUGCCCAGGGUGUUCCAGACUCACUUGUGUCCCUCGGUGACACCGUGUCACGGCCACACCGCGUGCCCAGGAUGCUCAGUGCUCAGCUGUGUCCCUCAGUGGCACCAUGUCACAGCCACACCGCGUGUCCGGGAUGCUCCAGACUCACUUGUGUCCCUCGGUGGCACCGUGUCACAGCCACACCGCGUGUCCGGGAUGCUCCGUGCUCAGCUGUGUCCCUCGGUGGCACCGUGGCACGUCCUCUCCGUACCUCUGGCUCCCUGGGGGCUUCGUGGGGCGUUUUUCCGUGUCUCCGGGCAGAGCCACCCCUGCCCUUUCAGGAGCAGCUGCCGCCUCGGGGACAGCAGGGUGGCCGGUGGCACCGGGCCAGCGAGGGCCCACGUGCCCGGGCCGCCAGGCACACCGGGGGGGGACCGGCUCCGUGCGCCGGCUGCCGGAGCCAGACAGUUGUUUAAUUUCCCAGGCGCAGGGCGGGAGGGGGAUGGAAAGUUUCCCGGGGCUGCCGGGGCCGGGCCGGCCGCACGCUUCCUGCUCCGCACCGGGGGCCGCGGGGCCUCGCCGGCCCGGGGGUCCCUGAGCCGGGCCAUGCUGCCCAGCACGCACUGCUCGCCGGGGGCUUCUCCGGCCACGUCCCCCCGCAGCUCCCCCCGCAAUUCUCCCGUCCUCUUCAGGAAGCUCCUGAUGAACCAGAGCAUCCGCCUGCAGCGGCGCUUCACCGUGGCGCAUCCCCUCUGCUUUGACCUGGAGAAUGGCCCCCCCGGCCGGGGCGCGCUGGACCCCCAGGCCAGCCCGGGCGCGGGGCUGGUGCUGCAGGGCACCUUCUCGCACGGCCAGCGCCGCGAGUCCUUCCUCUACCGCUCCGACAGCGACUACGACCUGUCCCCAAAAGCCAUGUCCCGCAACUCCUCCAUCGCCAGCGACCUGCACGGAGAAGACAUGAUCGUCACACCCUUUGCCCAGGUCCUGGCCAGCCUCCGCACCGUCCGCAGCAACCUGACCCACCUGCAGGACCGCGCUGGCAUCAAGCGAGGAUCGAGCAGCAGCCUGCCCUCGGGGAGCAAGGCCAGCCUCUCGGCAGAAGAUGCCCACCAGAAGCUGUCGAGGGAGACCCUGGAGGAGCUGGAUUGGUGCUUGGACCAGCUGGAGACGCUGCAGACCCGGCACUCGGUCAGCGAGAUGGCCUCCAACAAGUUCAAGCGGAUGCUGAACCGGGAGCUGUCGCACCUCUCGGAGACCAGCCGCUCCGGGAACCAGGUGUCCGAGUACAUCUCCAGCACCUUCCUGGACAAGCAGCACGAGGUGGAGAUCCCCUCGGCGCUGGCAAAGGACAAGGAGAAGGAGCGGAGGAAGCGCCCCAUGUCCCAGAUCAGCGGCGUCAGGAAGCUCAAGCACAGCUCCAGCCUGGCCGCCGCCGGCAUCCCGCGCUUCGGGGUGCGCACGCGGCACGAGGCGCUGCUGGCCAAGGAGCUGGAGGACACCAACAAGUGGGGGCUCGACGUGUUCAAAGUGGCCGAGUACUCGGGGAACCGCCCGCUGACCGUCAUCAUGUACAGCAUCUUCCAGGAGCGUGACCUGAUGAAGACCUUCCGCAUCCCCGUCAACACCUUCAUCACCUACAUGCUGACGCUGGAGGAUCACUACCACGCCGACGUGGCCUACCACAACAACCUGCACGCCGCCGACGUGGCGCAGUCCACGCACGUCCUGCUCUCCACGCCGGCGCUGGAGGCUGUCUUCACGGAUCUGGAGAUCAUGGCUGCCAUCUUUGCCAGCGCCAUCCACGACGUUGACCACCCCGGGGUCUCCAACCAGUUCCUCAUCAACACCAACUCAGAGCUGGCCCUGAUGUACAACGACGCCUCGGUGCUGGAGAAUCACCACCUGGCCGUGGGCUUCAAGCUCCUGCAGGAGGAGAACUGCGACAUCUUCCAGAACCUGAGCAGGAAGCAGAGGCAGACGCUCCGUAAAAUGGUCAUCGACAUGGUGUUGGCCACGGACAUGUCCAAGCACAUGAACCUGCUGGCGGAUCUGAAAACCAUGGUGGAGACCAAGAAGGUGACCAGCCUGGGUGUGCUGCUGCUGGACAACUACUCUGACCGGAUCCAGGUCCUGCAGAACAUGGUGCACUGCGCCGACCUCAGCAACCCCACGAAGCCGCUGGAGCUGUACCGGCAGUGGACCGACCGCAUCAUGGUGGAGUUCUUCCACCAAGGCGACCGGGAGCGGGAGAAGGGCAUGGAGAUCAGCCCCAUGUGCGACAAGCACACCGCCUCCGUGGAGAAAUCCCAGGUGGGAUUCAUCGACUUCAUCGCCCACCCGCUGUGGGAGACCUGGGCCGACCUGGUGCACCCCGACGCCCAGGAGCUGCUGGACACGCUGGAGGACAACCGCGAGUGGUACCAGAGCAUGAUCCCGCGCAGCCCGUCCCCUCCGCCCCAGGCAGCCGCCGUGUCCCCCGCCACCGCCGACAAGUUCCAGUUCGAGCUGACGCUGGAGGAGGAGGAGGAGGAGGAGGGUGAGUCGGACACGGAGCUGGAGGGGGCCGAGAGCCCCUUGGACGAGGACAACAGCGGCUCCAAGACACCGGGCACGGAUGACUCGGAGUCUGCCGACACCAAGCGCCUGUCCCCCGGCCCCGGGGACCGGGACUCGCCCGUGGCCCGCCCCAGGGACGUGGACAACCGGCAGGCCACCGGGUGCUCCGUGCCAGGGCCCGAGGGCAGCCAGGGGCUGUGCCUGGACACGGAGGGAAAUGUCACAUUCCUGUCCCUGGGCACGUAGCGGCACCGGCCCAGCGCGGGUCCCCUCGCUGACGGGGGGACGUGGGACCGGGCACUGCCCCGAGCAGCGCUGGGGACAGUGGGGAGCCGGCACUGGGGAGCCCCGGCGCUGCAGGGACUCGGAGGCGCCCGGGAUGUGUCCCCGUUUGGGAGCUGGGCAGGUCCUGACAGGUACGAGGACGCUGCUGGCCUUCUCCCUGGGAAAGGUCCCUGUCCCCUUCAGACAGGGCGUGGGGACACGCUGCUCCGGGCCCGGCCCAGCCCUGGGGACAUCACACCCCGCAGGGCCGCGGGAAGGAGCAUUCCAGCACCUUCCAGGUGUCCCCCGGCAGGACGGCAGCCCCACGGUGGGCAGAGGGUGCUGGCGACACCCCCGGCACGAGGCACCCCCAGGCACCGGCGCACGGCACGGGCACGGCUCGGCGGUUUAUUUAUUUGGGGAUAGGUUCACUUUUUAAAGCCUUUUGUAGCUCACUUUUUACUACCAGCCUCCCCGAGGCUCACACGCGUUUUCGGGGCAGGAGAGACGCACUUUUGAGGAGGAAACUUGCAUUUCUAGCCUGCGAUCACUCCAAACGCCAUUUGUAUUUCACAUUUCGGACCCUGGCGGGUGCUGCCACCACCCUCCCGCCCCCCCAUCUCCGUUAUCCUGCCUGGGGCAGGGUCCUUUGGGAUUCUUCCUUCACCUUCCAGAGAUUAAACCCGGUUUGUUCCACCCUAAAC